AUGGUUCUGACUCUGGUGCUUCUGGGAACUGUCGUCGUCCUCCUGGGGACGGUUUUCGGAUUUCACAAGUGGCGCUACCGAUGUAUAAAAUCGAUUCCUGGAGUGGAACCUCUGCACCCACUUUUCGGCAACCUUUUGCAGUUUGCUCAGAAAGGUCACGCGUACAUGAAGUGCUUCCGUAAUGGAAACCGUAUGACCAAGAUUUGGUUCGGUCCCAUCCCGGUAAUCAACGUGCAACAUCCGGAGCUGGUGCAAAAAGUGCUGACCGAGUGUUUGGAUAAACCAUUCGUGUACGAUUACUUGGAGCUCGGCAACGGAUUGAUAUCGGAAAGACAUGGCCACCGGUGGCGCGAGCAUCGGAAAACCCUCGGACCCCUCUUCAACUCCCGGAUCCUGCACAGUUUCAUUCCGAUAUUCGAGAGCGCUAGCGGUGAAAUGUUGACCCAGAUGGAAUCGAUGGCGGAUGGCCGGGAUGUCGACAUCAGGCAGUAUAUCGGCCAGUGUACGGCCCAGUUCGUCCAGCGGACCAUGAUGAACAUCGAAAAACUGCCGGACGAGUUUGUGCGCAAAUUGGUGCACAACUUGGAGCGUGUGAUGGACUCGGUUGGACUGCGAAUGAGAAAUGCUUUCUACGCAUUCAAAUCCGUCUACAAAAUGACCCAAGCAUAUCGAGAGGAACUUUCUUCUCGUCGCAUUUGCUACGCUCUGGUCGAUGAUGUUCUCGUAGACGUCAAGGCAAAUGCUUUGGAGCAAAAGGACUCGCAAAGUUCGAAAGCACUAAUCGAAAGGAUUUACACUAUCCAGCAUCAGGGACGAGCCUUCACAGAAGAUGAAAUAAAAUACCACAUAAGGACGAUGCUGAUAACUGGAUACGAAACGUCAGUCCACCAGCUUUCGAUGAUUUGUCUGAUGAUUGCCAUGCACCCGGAGUAUCAAGAUAAAGUUUUCCAAGAAAUAAGUGCCACAUUCCCCACUCCGGACACCGCGAUGGAACCGGAGCGGCUUAAAAGUCUGGAGUUUCUGGAGCAGGUGAUUUUCGAAACAAUGCGACUUUAUCCGGUUGCUCCCUUGAUAGGUCGCGUCACUUCGAGCCCGAUAACUUUGGAUGGAGUUCUCAUACCCGGGGGAAUUAAUCUGGUGAUUCACCUCGGAGAAAUUCAGCGCCGGCCGGACGUUUGGGGUGAACGGGCCAGGGAGUUUGAUCCGGAAAAUUUCUCCAAAGAGAAAGUUGCCGCCAGACAUCCGUACGCGUUCAUACCUUUCAGCGGAGGCCCCCGGGUUUGUAUCGGCAAUCGGUACUCGAUUAUUGCGAUGAAAGUGUUCUUGGUACGAUUGUUGCAAUCGUAUGAGCUACGAACUCGAUUGAGCCGGGACGAUUUUAAGUUCGAGUACAAUUGUACCAACAAACUGCUGAUACCGUACACGGUACAGUUAGAGAGGCGUCAGUAA